GCGCUCCCUACCCAACAAAAUGGACGAGCUUCAUCUUCUGAUAAAGACAAGUAAAGACUUCGGAUGUUCCGCCGCCAUGUGCUUUACGGAGACCUGGCUUUGUGACGCUGUACCCGAUGGCGCCGUCAUGCUUCCCGGCUUCCAUCUUCACCGAGCAAACCGCGACAUGGAAUCAUCGGGGAAAACAAAAGGCGGCGGGAUAUGCUUCUAUAUCAAUGAAGAAUGGUGUACGGACGUCACGGAGCUCAGCACAUACUGCAGCCCGCAUUUGGAGUCGCUGUUUUUGAACUCCACCUAGCCGCACCACCGAUGACAAUCACACCACCGACAUCUGCGUUAACCAUCCAAGGUUGUGUCCUCUCUCUGCUGCUCUUCUCUCUCUACACGAACGACUGCACCUCAGCGCACCCGGCUGUCAAACUCCUGAAUUUUGCAGAUGACACCACUGUCAUCGGCCUCAUCAAGGACGGUUACGAGUCUGCAUAUCGACAGGAAGUGGAGCGGCCGGAGCUGUGGUGCGGCCGACACAACCUGGGCCUGAACACUGUAAAGAUGAUCGUGGACUUCAGGAGGCAUCCUUUGCCACAGCUGCCUCUCACGUUGUCUAGCUGCCUUGUGUCAACCGUCAACACCUUCAAGUUCCUGGGAAUUACAGUCUCUCAGGACCUGAAGUGGGCGACCAACAUCAACUCCGUCCUCAAAAAGGCCCAGCAGAGGAUGUACUUCCUGCGGCUUCUGAGAAAGCACGGCCUGCCACCGGAGCUGCUGAGGCAGUUCGACACAGCGGUCAUCGAAUCUGUCCUGUGUUCUUCCAUCACAGUCUGGUUUGGUGCUGCUAUAAAAAAGGACAAACUCCAACUGCAACGGACAAUCAAAACUGCUGAAAGGAUUGUCAGUACCCCCCUACCCACCCUUGAGGACUUGCACGCUACCAGAACUAAGACAAGAGUGUGCAAAAUCCUCUCGGACCCUCCGCCUCCCGGUCACCAGCUUUUCCAGCUCCUUCCCUCAGGUGACCUUUCACUUCCGCACCACUCUGUGUAAUGAUGACCGCACGGUGAUCGAUGACAGCAAGGCUGUGGGCAGACCCAUGGAGAUAGUGAUUGGCAACAUGUUCAAACUGGACAUCUGGGAGACACUGCUGGCCUCCAUGAGGAUCGGAGAGGUGGCAGAGUUCUGGUGUGACACCAUUCACACAGGCGUGUACCCGCUUGUAUCCAAGAGCAUGAGACGCAUUGCAGACGGCAAAGACCCAGUGGACUGGCACGUUCGCACAUGUGGCAUGGCCAACAUGUUCGCCUACCACAGUCUGGGCUACGACGACCUGGAUGAGCUGAUGAAGGAGCCCAAGCCGCUCUUUUUCAUCCUGGAACUGCUCAAGGUGCUCCAGCCCAGUGAGUACAACAGGGAGUCGUGGGCUCUGAGUGACGAGGAGAGGCUGAAGGUGGUGCCCGUGCUUCACGGGCAGGGGAACAAGCUGUACAAGCAGCGACGCUACCAAGACGCCACGCUCAAGUACAAGGAAGCCAUCAUCUGCAUCAAGAACGUGCAGACCAAGGAGAAAGCGUGGGAGGCUCCGUGGCUGAAGCUGGAGAAGAUGGCCCACACGUUAACAUUCAAUUACUGCCAGUGUCUCCUACGCAUGGAGGAGUACUAUGAGGUCAUCGAGCACACCAGUGACAUCAUUAACCAACACCCAGGCGUCAUGAAGGCCUUCUACCUGCGUGGAAAGGCCCACCUGGAGGUGUGGAACGAGGCCGAGGCCAAGCAGGACUUUAGCAAGGUUUUGGAUCUGGACCCGGGAAUGAAAAAGGCUGUGAAGAAGGAACUGGCGGUCUUGAACAUGCGCAUGGAGGAGAAAAACGAGGAGGACAGGAACAAGUACAAGGGCAUGUUUUGAACUGGCUUCAAUGUGCCAAGCAGUUCGUGUUAAGGUGAUGCUGAGAGCUACACAAACAUUGACUAAAAAAAAAAUAAUAAUAAUUUUUAAAACUGUAAUUCAAAAAAACAUACUGGAUUUGAUAUUUGUUGAUUUGUUUUCCCUUUGUGUGAUUUGAAGAGUUGAGAGGAUUUGGAAAUGUAGUUGGUUACAAUUACAAGUUACCCCUGUUGAAAAUGUAAUAGUCGUGUAACGAUUUCAAUUACUUUCUCAAAGUAAUAAAACUAAUUACCGUACAUUAAUUACAAUGUGA